AUGACAUCUUAUAAUGGAAAUCGUGAAUUUAUAGUUUCCACAGAAGAAAUCACUAAUAUUCUUCCAGUUAAUGAUGAUGAAUUUGCAAGAAAAACCACAGCUCAUUUCUUGCACAAAAAAAUUUGGGAUGAAACUAAUUUUUCAGCACCAAUUACAAGACAAUUGAGGGAGGAGUAUGGUUUUAAUGUGCUGGAUGUUGGUUGUGGGAAUGGCACAUGGACAUUGGAUAUGGCCACAACAUACCCAAAUGCUAAUUUUUUAGGCAUUGAUAUUUAUCAAACAUUUCCAAAUGAAAUUAGACCUAAAAAUGCAAAUUUUUUGCUGGGAAAUGUAAUCACUGGACUAAGUAUUAAAUCAAACACAUUUGAUUAUGUGUUUAUGAGAGAUAUGAGAUCUUACAUACCGAUAAAUGAUUGGUCAAAAACUAUUGGUGAACUGAUAAGAUUGAUAAAACCAAAUGGGUGGCUGGAAUUGAUAGAAAUUGAUGAUGGUUUUACAAAUGGAUCUCCUGAAUCUUUGGAGUUACUUGAUAAAGUUGAAAAAAAAAUAAAUGAUAAUUAUGGCCUAACUUACAGACCAUUUAAAGUUAUAAAGGAUGUCUUAAAAGAAUAUUCUAACAUUCUAACUGAUGUACAAUUUCUUAAAAAACAAGUGCCAUUAUCAGGUCAUUGGGAUAAUGAUUUUGACAAUAGCAUUGCUAAAGUUGCUUGUGAGAAUGUGUUAUGGGGAGCUAAAAAUCAUAAACACUCACUUGAUUGUUUAGAUUUAACUCCUGAUGGAUAUGAUGAUUAUAUUAAUAAGGUAUUUGAAAGUCUUAAAGAUUGUAGAUCUACAUAUUCAAAUUAUAGAUUAAUUGCAAGAAAAAUAUAA